AGCCCCACGGGGGAGAAGUUCCGCAGCAAGAUCGAGCUGAGCCGCUUCUUGGGGCCGGGCCGCGACCUCGGCAACUUCGACUUCAAGCACGGCCUCGAGCGCCCCGGCGCCCCCAAGGCCAGGAAGGGCCCCAAGUGGCGCCCCCCCCCGGCGCCCCCCCCGGCGGCCCUGGGGGCGGAGCCAGCGCCCGAGGGGGCGGGGCCAGGGGACGGGGGCGCCCCGCCCCCUCCCUCCCCCUGCCCCCCCCUCCCGGAGGCGGCUGCAGCGGAGCCUCCGCCCCCUCCUUCGCCCCCGCCCUCCCCCGGCCCCGCCCCCCCCGGCUCCCCGGCCCCGCCCCCUGCGGCCCUGGCCCCGCCCCCUCCUACUCCUCCUCCCCCUCCCCCUCCUCCGCCCUCCCCCCCCUCCGCCGCCCCCACCCGGCGCACCCGCAAGCGGCCCCCCCCGGAGCCCCCCCAGGACAGCGUGGUGGCGUGCUGCGCCAGCUGCCAGAGCCUCUUCCCCGGGGUGACGCUGCCCAGCCAGCGCCGCUGCCGCUGGCUCUGCCCCGACUGCCGCGCUCAGAGACGAGACUUCAACCGGGAGCAGCGGUUCUAUAAGCGGGUGGGCUGCGGCGCCUGCCAGGCGUGCCGCAUCGCCGAGGACUGCGGCAUCUGCAGCGCCUGCGCCCUGCGCGCCCGCCCCGCCCGGGCCCCCGCCCCCAAGUGCCUGCUGCGCCGCUGCCUCCGCAUCGUCAAGAAGGCGCUGGGCUGCGGCGCCUGCCAGGGCUGCCAGGCCACGGAGGACUGCGGGACCUGCUGCAUCUGCCUGCGCCGCCUCAAGCCGGGCCUCAAGCGCCAGUGGCGCUGCCUGCGCCGCCGCUGCCUGCGCCGCAAGAGGUCGGUGGUGGCCAAGAAGCCGAGCUACGGCCCCCGCAAGCUGACGGUGAAAUGGAAGCCGCCCUUGGAGCGGGACCCCGGCGCCGCCGCCGCCCCCAGGCACAGGAAGCAGCUGAAGGGGAAGGAGAAGAAGAAGCCGGGGCGGCCGCCGAAGCACCCGGGGGCCCGGGGGGGCGUGAGCCGCCGGAGCCGGAGGUGCGGCGAGUGCGAGGCCUGCGUGCGCAAGGGCGACUGCGGCCGCUGCGACUUCUGCCGCGACAAGCCCAAGUUCGGCGGCCAGAACCUCAAGCGCCAGAAGUGCCGCUGGAGGCAGUGCCUGCGCUUCGCCAUGAGGCGGCUGCUGCCGGCGGCGGGGGGGGCCGAGGGGGGGCCCCCCCGGCGGCCCCGCAGGAGGAGGAGGAGGAGGAGCGCGGCCUUCGGCGCCCGCGGCCGCCGCCACCUCCCCCCCGCCGCCCCCCCCCAGGACAAGGAGCGUCCGGCGGGGGCGACGCCGGGGCCCCCCCCGCUGCUGCUGGGCGCCCCCCCGCCCCCGGCCCCGCCGCCCGUCAAGGAGGAGCCGGCGCCCGCCCCCCGCCCCCGCCCCCAGCCCCCCGGCUUCUCCAUGCCGUGGGGCUGCCGCACGCCCGGCUCGCUGCCCCGGACGCCUGGGCCCUUCGCCCGGACGCCUGGGCCCUUCCCGGCCGAGCCGCCGCCGCCGCAGGACCCGCGCGCCGCCCUCGCCAACCUGGGCCUCCUCAUCGCCUCGGCGCCUCGCGUCAAGCAGGAGCAGCCCGAGCCCAGCGCCGAGCACCCCUUGGCGCCGGACCCCCGCGCCGGCUUGUCCGACCUCGGCCUCCUCAUCGCCUCGGCGCCUCGCGUCAAGCAGGAGCAGCCCCAGCCCAGCGACGGCGCCUCCCUCGUGCCGGUGCCCCCCCGGCUGCCCCCCGCCGAGCUGGUGGUGCUGGAUGAGAGCGAGGAGGAGGAGGAGGAGGAGGAGGAGGAAGAGCCGAAUCCGGUGCGGAUCAUGGAGAUCUACAGCCUGGGCGCCGCCGCCCUGCGCCCGCCGCCGGGGCCCCUGCGCCGCCCCCUGCCCCCGCCCCGCGGCGGCGGCGGGGGGGGGCCCGUCGCCCCCCUGGGUGCCCCCCCGCCGCCCCAACCGCCCCCCCGCCGGGGCCCCGGCGCCUCGUGGCCCGGCGCCUUCUUGGCCGAGCUGGCCGAGAUCCCGCUGCCGGCGCACUGGGCGGUGGUGGGGGGCCGGGGGGGCGGCCGGGGCGGCGGGGGCGGCGGCCGGGGGGGCGGGGGCGGCGGCCGGGGCGGCGGCGGGGGCGGGGGCGAGGCGGGGGGGGUGCGGCUGGUGCAGCGCUCCCCCCGCUCGCCCAUGGCGGCCACCGUAGUGCUGCUGGGCCCCGGCCUGGCCUUCCGCGUGGUGGUGGCGCGGCGGCGGCCGGUGCCGGCUGGCCACGAGCUCUUCGCCCGGCGCCCGGCCCGCCUCCGCUCCGUCGACGACGUGGUGGAGCUGCUCUGCGACCUCGAGGCCUACCGCCUCUGCCCCGGCGCCCCCCCCGGCGCCCCCCCCGCCAGCCCUCCCCGGCCUGCCACGUCCUCGUGCCCGCCGGCUGCUGCCGCCCCUGCCGCCUCCAGGCCGCCGCCCCGUGACGUCACCGCCGCGACGUCACCCCCGUGAUGUCACGUCACCCCCCCCCCCCCCAACACCGGGCAGGUAACGGGGGGGUCGCCCGCCGCGGCGGUGGGGGGGGGGGUCUGGGGGCGUCACGGAGCCCUCCAGCCCUUUAAGACCGCUUUAGGGGGGGUCUGGGGGCGUCACGGAGCCCUCCGGCCCUUUAAGACCGCUUUAGGGGGGGUCUGGGGGCGUCACGGAGCCCUCCGGCCCUUUAAGGCUGUUCUGGGGGGGUCUGGGGGGGUCUAUGAUGCCCUCUGGCCCUUUAAGGCUGUUCUGGGGGGGUCUGCGGGCGUCACGGAGCCCUCCGGCCCUUUAAGGCUGUUCUGGGGGGGGUCUGGGGGUGCCCAUGAUGCCCUCCGGCCCUUUAAGGCUGUUCUGGGGGGGGGGGUCUGGGGGCGUCUAUGAUGCCCUCUGGCCCUUUAAGGCCGCUUUAGGGGGGGUCUGGGGGUGCCCAUGAUGCCCUCUGGCCCUUUAAGGCUGUUCUGGGGGGGGGGUCUGGGGGCGUCUAUGAUGCCCUCCGGCCCUUUAAGGCUGUUCUGGGGGGGUCUGGGGGCGUCUAUGAUGCCCUCUGGCCCUUUAAGGCCGCUCUCGGGGGGUCUGGGCGUGCGCGCUGGCCCUUUAAGACCAAUCUAGGGGGGCACAUGGGGGUCUGGGGGUGCCCAUGAUGCCCUCCGGCCCUUUAAGGCUCUUCUGGGGGGGUCCGGGGGCGGCCUCUGGCCCUUUAAGACCACCUUGGGGGGGCACAUGGGGGUCUGGGGGCAGGUUCUGGCCCUUUAAGGCCACCCUAGAGCGGGAUAUGUGGGGCUGGGGGAGCCCACGGCGCCCUCUGGCCCUUUAAGGCCGCCCUGGGGGGGGGAAAUGUGGGGCUGGGGGUGCCCGCAGCCCCCCCCAGCCCCAUAUCGUCACCCUAGGGAAGGGACCGGGGGGGGGGUUUUGGGGUGCUCCUGGGCCCCCCCCCCCACCCACCCAGCCCCAUAGCAGCCCCCCAGCCCCCCCCCCCACCCAGAGCUUCUAUUUUUGACACUGGAACCGCCCCCCACCCCAAAUGGGGGUGCGGCCCCUUUAAGACCCCCCCCAACCCCCCCCCGCUGUUGCGCGGCCCCUUUAAGGGGACACUCCCCUCCCCCCCUUCCCCGCAGAGUUUAGGUGGGGCCCACCCGUGCCUGGCCCCUUUAAGGCAUAGUGGAGUGGCCCCUUUAAGAAUCCACCCCGCCCCCCAGUAGAGAUAGGUGGGGGUCCACCUGUGCGUGGCCCUUUUAAGGAGGGUGGCCCCUUUAAGAGCUCACCCCCCCAUGCAGAGAGACGGUGGGGCCCACCAGUGUGUGUGGCCCCUUUAAGGCGUGGGAGGUGGCCCCUUUAAGAGCUCACCCCCCCCAGUAGAGGUAGGUGGGGCCCACCCGCACGUGGCCCCUUUAAGGAUGGGGUGGCCCCUUUAAGAGUUCACAACCCCCCCAGUAGAGGUAGGUGGGGGCCCACCGCUGCGUGGCCCCUUUAAGGCAGAGGGGGGCGCAGCCCCUUUAAGACACCGCCCCCUUAAGCCCCGCCCCUGCACUCUGCCCUUCCUGUCUUCCACCGCCCCGCCCCCACCAGGGGGCGUGGCCAAGCAGGCCCCGCCCCCCCCCACCGAGCAAUAGGGCCCUUCCCCUUGAUCUUGUUCAUUUUUGGGGUGUUUUUUUGGGGGGAAAAGCUUGAAUUUGGGUUUUUUUGGGGGGGGAGGGAGGGGCACAGAAACGGGUCACUGCAGGGGGCGGGGCCGAGGGGAGCCCCGCCCCCUCUGCGCGCCGGGCCCCGCCCCCUCCUCCCCCUCCCCUCCCGCCGCCGCCGCCUUCAGGGAGAUUCGCCGCCGAAGCCAUAGCCCCGCCCCCGGCCCCGCCCCCUCCCGUAGCUCCGCCCCCCGGAAGAGAGAAGAAACUGCGAGUGGGCUCCGCCCCCCCAGGAACUAUUUUUUUUAUGUAUUAAAAGUUUUAAGGAGAAAAA